ACGUCAUUAGGCAUGAGAGGGGAGGAAGAGGAGGAGAGGAAGAGGAGGGCAGUAACGGGUUGGAUGUGACCGGCGAGCAGGGCAGGAGACGCCAGGGAGGCUAGCUUGUUUUCCCUUGGAAUACUUGGACUUCUACGUGUUCUACGCGUUCCACUGUGGAAUAUUGGACUAUAUUCAGGAGCCACAGCAGCUGACAUUUUCCGCAAUGAACCGUGCCUUCAACAGGAAAAAAGAUAAAUCAUGGAUGCACACCCCCGAGGCCCUGGCCAAGCAUUACAUAGCCUACAAUGCCAAGCUACUUGGUAACACAGAAGUGGAAGCCCCAAAGGGAACAGAGGUUGUAAAGGAUGCAGUGAGAAAGCUAAAGUUUCAGAGGCAUAUCAAGAAGUCCGAGGGACAGAAAAUCCCCAAAAUUGAACUGCAGAUUUCCAUAUAUGGUGUGAAGAUACUAGAUCCCAAGACAAAGGAUGUGCAGCAUAACUGUCAGUUACACAGAAUAUCCUUCUGUGCAGAUGACAAAACCGAUAAAAGGAUAUUCACAUUUAUCUGCAAGGACUCUGAGUCAAACAAACACCUCUGCUAUGUGUUUGACAGUGAAAAGUGUGCUGAAGAGAUCACGCUAACUAUUGGCCAGGCUUUUGACUUAGCCUACAAGAAGUUCCUGGAGUCAGGGGGUAAAGAUGUCGAAACCAGAAAGCAGAUUGGAAGUCUACAGAAAAGGAUUAAAGAACUGGAAACUGAAAACUCAGACCUGAAGAAGCAGCUUCAAGAUCUGGAAGAACAGCUGAUGAUAGCACACGUGCCACCACCAUUAUAUGUAAAUGAAGCUAAUGAAGCAUACAUGCUGCAGAGACCCUCUUCUCUCUUCUGGUGUCACAACAUCAACUCCUGUCUGGAAAUCUCUUCUGUCACGCUCACUCCUAUGAGCUCGCCAGAGUCCAACCUGUCUACUGGACUAUUAACUCCUCCGCCUGCCAAACCCACUUUCCUUCCACCUAAACCUCCUGAGGGAUGCAGCAUCCCGCGACCCCGUGCAGGGAGCAUCUCGGUGAAACCGCAGUCUACAGACAUGUUUGACAUGGUUCCCUUCUCCCCUGCGACCCCGCUGGUGCCAACACAGGUCAGCAAUGGCUGCCCUCCACCACGACCAACCACACUGCCAUCAAAUAUAGGGAAAGACCUAUUUGGUGCAGAGCCAUUUGAUCCCUUCACCUGCGGUGCAGCUGACUUCCCACCAGAUAUUCAAUCCAAGUUGGAUGAAAUGCAGGAGGGGUUCAAAAUGGGACUAACCUUAGAAGGCACGGUCUUCUCUCUGGACCCGCUAGACAGCCGCUGCUGAUGCCUCGACAUUGUUGUUGUUGUUUUUUUCGUCUCUUACUUUGACAACGUUUGUACGUAACAAGUGCCAAAAUCUCCACAGUUGAAAUGUCACACUUUUCAUCUUGUGGUUUCUAUAUGAAUUUUCAUUUCUGUUUUGCUUUGUUGGAUAGUCAAAGGACAACUCGGAUCCAUUAUAAGAAGACAUAUUUUUGUAAAACUGGAAGAGAUAGCUUUGAGUACAUUUGCUUGCACAGUGCAUGAGAGUGUAUCUGGUUACGUAUGUCCAAUGUUACUCUCACUGUUGCCAUGCCAGCGUCAAUCAAUGGAAUGUGUCAUUAACCCGCUCAUAACAUCACAUUUUACUCAUCAUCUUACACUUUUUUAUUUGAAAUUAAUGCAGUCCAUCUUUAUUAUUAUUAUUCCACACAUUUUCUUGACUUUCUUUUUGAUAUUCUGAUUUUAAUACAAUUUUUAGUUGCCAUUUAAGAUUAUAGCUGUCUAACUUUCUUGCACCAGAAGGCACUUUUUUGUAUUUUUACUUUUGGUCUUGUAUUUUUACUGUCACACUUAUUAAAGAUAAUGUUAUUGCACAAAA